CGAGCACACGGGGGCUGAAAGGAGCUCAGCAGCCAGCCCUCUCACACGCCAGCUGGGCCCACAGAGCUGCGGGCACCAUGAAGGACGAGGUGGCUCUUCUGGCUGCUGUCACCCUCCUGGGAGUCCUGCAGCAAGCCUACUUCUCCCUGCAGGUGAUCUCGGCGCGGAGGCUCUUCCGCGUGUCGCCGCCGCUCACCACCGGCCCGCCCGAGUUCGAGCGCGUCUACCGAGCCCAAGUGAACUGCAGCGAGUACUUCCCGCUGUUCCUCGCCACGCUCUGGGUCGCCGGCAUCUUCUUUCACGAAGGCGCGGCGGCCCUGUGCGGCCUGGUCUACCUGUUGGCACGCCUCCGCUACUUUCAGGGCUACGCGCGCUCGCCGCAGCAAAGGUUGGCCCCGCUGUACGCGAGCGCGCGCGCGCUCUGGCUGCUGCUGGCGCUGGCGGCGCUCGGCCUGCUCGCCCACUUCGUCCCGGCCGCGCUGCGCGCCGCGCUCCUCGGACGGCUCCGCACCGUGCUGCCCAGGGCCUGAGAUGGAGGACGCCGGGUCGGCGGAACUGGAGAGCCCGGGCCUCCUGGACGGCGGGGGAGGGGUGCUCGCCCCCGCCUUCCAGCCUCGAAUUAAAGUGCCUGUGACCGGACCCUGGAUGCGCUCUCUGGGUCGGAGGGGCUCGCGCCCUGCAGGCUGUGGAGCCUGGAGGGGUCGCAGCAGCCAGGCGGGUUUCCCGGGGGCGGCAGGGGCGCGGGCGCGGCCGCGGAAGGAGAGGGGCCUUUCCCUGGGACCGGAGCUCGAGCCGGUUCUCUACCAACCCGCUCACGACCGACCAGCGGGCACCCUUUCCCGCCGAGGUCAGCACUCUGAUCUCCUGUGGCCCUCCUCGGAGGCCUGCCCUCCACUGACCCUCAGCCGCCCUAUUCCUUGUCUCCUGGCCUUCACAACACCACGGACCUUUUUAUUUUGUCACCCCUCGGUCCCGGGCGUCUAGAACAGUAUAGGUGUCGGGGCACCCUGCCCGUGAAGCCAUGGGGACGUCGAAGGUGGUCGGUGUAGUCGUGAUAGGCGCUCUGAAAAAAACGUCCGGGUGCUUCGGGGGAGCAGACCCUGGGAAGGUGGUCGACAGAGUGCCCCUAAAGAGGCGACUUGUAGCCGAGCCGGCAGAGGAGAGCUUUCCAAGCAGGCUAACAGCGUGUGCAAAGGCCUCCAGAUGGGCCGGAGACCCUAAAAUAUGUCAGAGACCCGGGGCGGAGAGAUGAGCGAGGCUUGGGGGCUGUGGACGAGGACAGGGCUGAGACCCAGGAAGAAGGGGGGACGAGGCGGCGGGGAGACGCCUUUGGUUUGAGAGGCCGCCGCAGGUUGGGGCGGGAUGAUGGGAGCUAAGGGACGCACGGGGGUGGGGGUCCUCAUGGAGAGAGGGCGGCUUUGGGCGCCCGGACUUCGUUCCGCAGCAGC